AUGGUCCCAGCCCCCGAGGCGCUCGGCCAACGCGCCGCCGACGCCGCGACUUGUCCCAAAGGCACCGCGUUCUACAGGUGCGACGGCAACGACUUUCUCGGCUGCUGCUCUGUCGACCCGUGCGAUCUGCCGACCUGCCCCGACGGUGGUGACGACACCGCAACGGCCUCGGCGCCCGUCACGUUGCCGACGCUUUCGACCAGCACCAAGUCGAGCAAGCACACCUCAAAGACAACCGAGAGCAGCUCUGAGAGACCCCGGAGCACCAUCACCCUCACGGCGUCGUCGACUUCGAAGCGCACGGAUUCCGGCAUCACGCACACCAUCCCCAACUCGUCAGUCGUGACCGUAACGCGCCACACCACCAUCUUCUCCGAGGCCCCGUCCUCAACAACCGACAUCCCCUCUUUAACCGAUACUGCCUCUCUCGUUGAGACUCCUUCCCUCACGAAGACAGCCGCCGACCAGUCCACAGGCAUCUCAUAUAGCCCCACGACGGACACGCCCGCCGCGAGCUCUUCCUCCGCCACGACUAACGCCCAAGCCGGCUCCGUCGCCUCUGGAACCAUCGUGGCCGUGGCCGUAGGCGGCACGGCGUGCCUAGCCAUCAUCGUCGUCCUUAUAUGGGGCGCGAUUCAACGACAGCGCAAGCAGAGACUCCUGGAAGAGGCGCAAAUUUCCAACGACUUUGUUUUCAGCGUGCCGAGCAGCGGCCAUGGACCCGGCCGAGACGACGCCUCCGCGGUCGCCUCUGCGGUUGAGAAGCAAGGGCCACAGUACCAGCACGCGUCUCCCCAUACGACAGGCCGACCAGUCAGCACCGAUCCUUUUGCCCCGUUUGGAGGUCGGGUAGACCGCCCACAAAAUCAACACCGUUCAGGAACCGACGCGUACGAGAUGAGCACUAUCGCCGUUUCACCCGUCGAAAUGGACGGCAGAGGCGUCGCCGCACCCGCCGAGCUGCCCGCCGAGGCUCCCGUGUUCCCAGUGAGCCCAAUGUCACCCGCAGACUUCGCAGCUGGUGGUCUCGUGCGACCGCACUCGUAUCACCACUAUUCACCCGGCUCCGUGCCAACAACGCCCGCGGCAGACCCGCGCGCCAACCUCAGCUCCAUCCAGACGCAGAGCGGACGCGCUGGAUACGUCAACCAGUGGGACCAGUGGCGCACCCUCGGUGGCGGUGGUUCCGGGUCUGGAAACGACAGAGCACCCGGUGCUGCAGGAGGCGGACGGUCGUAA